CCCACCUAGUUUGUAUUGGAAAAAGUAUUGGUCCAUAGAAAGAAAAAUACGAAAAUGGGUUUCAUGAUCAAUAAUUGCCUCAUUCUUGUUGUGUUUCCCUUCAUCAUGGCUUCCACUACAACUUCAGAUGCAGAUCAAAUAGUCACGAGGAGGCUUCUUCAGGCUCUCAAAUCUUGCCCGGUUGAUUUUGAGCACCAAAACUACACCAUAAUCACCGAAAAAUGUCGAGGACCCAAUUACUCGGUCGACCCGUGUUGCUCGUCUUUCAAAGCGUUUGCAUGCCCGUUUGCAGACGAGCUGGACGACCUAACCAACGACUGCGCUUCUACAAUGUUCCGGUACAUUGACCUUAACGGCCACUACCCGCCUGGACUCUUUGCCAGCCUGUGUCGUGAGGGCCGCGAAGGCCUCGAGUGCCCGCCUCUGCCGCCGCCGCCACCAAAAUCCGGCAAGAAAAGUGGCGGCGGCCGGGCGGCAAGUGGCGGUUUCGGUUUUGGUGUGAUGACGAUUUGGACCUUGGUUAUUGAAGAUCGCAGAUGGAAGGAAGUUAUUGGAGCCUUUCAUUUCCCAUCAACAAUCACGAAUGCCUCGUUUGUCUUGCGCAAGUAUUAUCUGUCUUUGCUUUUACAUUUUGAGCAGGUUUAUUAUUUCCAUAAAGCGGAGCGUAACACUUCUUCAUCUCCUGCAACUUGGAGUUCGGAUAUACCUGCAUUGCCACAUGCUCAUGAUGGGGCCGCAUCCAAUCAUCUUACAGAGAAUCCGAACAUGGAGAACGGCAGUCUUGUAACAGGAACAAUUGAUGGAAAAUUCGAUUUCGGUUAUAUGGUGACUGUUAAAUUUGGAGGUGAGAAUUUGAAAGGCAUACUUUAUCACUCACCCGAGGCACAAAAUGCAUCCACGAGUUUAAGUUCUUCUACUGAGCUCGUUCAUCAUCAUCAUCAUCAUUCGAGGAGAAAGCAUAUGGCGUUUAGAGAUCCAGCUCGCCCUAAAAGAAGCAGAAGUGGGUACACUUUCUUUUUCUCCGAGCAGUACCAUAGGCUUAGGCCGAUGUACCAUGGCCAAGAACGAGCCAUCAGUAAAAAAAUCGGUCAGUUGUGGAGUAGAUUGACAGACUCUGAGAAACAGGUAUAUCAAGACAAAGGUUUGAGAGACAAAGAAAGGUACAGAGCUGAAAUGUCAGAGUACAAGACAUCACAGCACUCCCCAGCUUAA